AUGUCGCCGUCGACAGUCCGAGUCGGCAGUAACAACAAGGUCACCCCGCCAUACCAAAGACCAAACCUCUACAUCCACGGCAUUGGGGUGGAAUACCCUCCUUAUGAAAUCAAGCCUGACCAAUUGGCCACUUUGGCCAGACGGUUCUACCCCAGUUCACCGGCUCUCGACAAAGUGCUAACCAUCAACGAGUACACGGGGAUCGACUCUCGUUCGGCGAUUGGAAAUAUCGACCACCCCAUCGCCAAUGCGCCCGAGGCGCCCACGAUCGCUCAGUUGUGUGAUGUUUUUCUCGACCAUGGCGUCAAGUUGUCGGUGGCGGCAUGUCGCAAGGCCCUGGAUCAAUGGGGAGGAGAUUUGUCUGAAAUCACGCAUGUUGUCGCCACCACCUGUACUAACUCGGCCAAUCCGGGCUAUGACCAUUACGUCGUCAAGGAGCUUGGUCUCAACCAGAGUAUAGAGAAGGUACUGCUGCAUGGCGUGGGGUGUUCUGGCGGUUUGGCGGCUCUGAGGACGGCCGCAAAUAUCGCUCUCGGCUCGAGUUUCAGACGGAAACCUGCCAGGAUUCUGGUCGUGGCGUGUGAGAUUUCGAGUACGUUGGUGCGCUCUGAGUUGGACUCUAUCCAUGAGAACCAGGAGGUGAGGAUUGGGGUGACCUUGUUCAGUGACUGUGCGUCAGCGGUGGUGUUGGGCAACGGGUUUAGUGAUCGGUUUGAUGAAGAGCCCCUUUUGGAACUUUUGGGUUGGGAUCACAGAAUCAUUGAGAAUACUGAAAAGGAUUUGGGCUUUGAUGUGGAUCCUCUAGGCUGGAAGGUCGUCUUGACCCAGAGGGUCCCGAAACUGGCGGCCGCCGCUGUGCCAGCCAUGUUUGAUGACUUGGUCGCGUCCAUACCUGAGCUGGUGGACGCGAGCAAGUUCAAGGCUUCCGAGUACGACUGGGCCCUUCAUCCGGGCGGUUCCACCGUCAUCACAGGGGUCGAAAAGACCAUGCAUCUGACGCCCGAGCAUCUGAGGGCCAGUUAUGAGAUAUAUAUCACCCACGGAAACAGUUCUAGCGCCACCAUCUUCAGUGUCUUGAACAGGCUGCUGGAGGGCGAUACGACGGAUCACAUUGUUGGGUGUGCUUUUGGCCCUGGGAUUGCCGUCGAGAUGAUGAUGUUCAAGAGAAGUGGCAAAGAGUCGGGCUCUGGGACAGAGAGUCCCACGGAGACAUUGGUAGCAGAAGACGUGGAUUGA